AUGAACUCGCUCUGGAGACGGUCGACGUCAAAUUCACAACGAAAGCCAGGUGUUGAAAGUAUCAAUGAAUCUAUCGACCUUUCCACAGAUGAAGCAAAGGGCCCUUUGGGCUUGCAUCUGUUGUCUGCAGUGCCCACGCCGCUGAUCGACCUCAUUUUCGUCCAUGGGUUAGGUGGCGGAUCUCGCAAGACGUGGUCGAAAUCGUCCUCGAACUUCCAUUUCUGGCCAAAGGAAUGGUUACCAAACGAUCCUGAUUUUGAGAAUGUCCGCAUUCACAGCUUUGGCUACAAGGCUGACUGGAGUGAGAGGCGUGAGAGUAUCCUGAACAUACAAGACUUUGCACAUUCGCUAUUGGGUGAAGUCCAAGAUAGUCCUCACAUCAGGAGAUCAAGGACCAAAAUCAUCUUAGUCGGCCAUAGUAUGGGAGGGAUUGUGAUCAAAAAGGCCUAUGUCGUGGCACGACAGAAGGCAUUGUAUAGCGAGUUUGCAAGCCGCGUCAGGGCUAUACAUUUCUUGGCCACUCCCCAUCGCGGAUCUGAUAUGGCUCGUACGCUCAGGAACAUCCUAAGAUUAGUCAGUGGUUCGAAGCCUUUUGUGGACGAGCUCGAUCCAAGCUCAAGUUCCAUUUCGACCAUCAACGAGACUUUUCGCCAGUAUGCUGAAGACCUCCACCUACGCUCAUUUUUUGAGUCGCAACCUAGCAAGAUUGGCCUCGCAUCCGCUCUCAUAGUCGACAAAGACUCAGCGACUCUCGGGUUUGCUGGAGAGCGGUUUGAAUGCAUAUAUGCAGACCACAGAGGCGUCUGCAAGUUUGACUCGGCGGACGAUUCCAACUACAAGAUUGUGCGUAAUGCGUUAAGCGCGACAGUCGAUGCUGUGGUUUCCGAAGAAUACUCUAAUAAUACAAACCCGUCCGAGCAAAAGCUCGAUGGUCUGAAGAUUUUGACCGCCAUACCCGACUUACCCGAGGACGAUCUGAUGGUGCUUGAUGAGAAUCGUGCUCUUGGGUCUUGCAAGUGGUUCAGCGACGAUGUAGUCUUUGAUAGCUGGCGAAACUUCUCUCGCAAAUCGCCUCCCUUUCUUUGGUUGAGUGGUAACGCUGCUUCUGGCAAGUCUGUUCUAGCAAGCCAUGUAAUCCACGAGCUUCGAGGGGAUGGGUCUAGCUGUAGUUACUUCUUUUUCAAGGACGGCGUCACUGGGCGUUCGACGGUAUCUGACUGUCUCCGGUCGUUGGCACUGCAGAUGGCCUUCAUUGAUUCUAUCUCAAGGAACAAGAUGAUGGAGCUUCAGAAAGAAGACGUAUCCUGGGAUCGAGAGGAUGAGAGGGCAGUCUGGCGGAAACUCUUUCAAAGAUGUCUUUUUCCCCUUGAAGGUUCACAAUUUCAUCAUUGGGUCAUUGAUGGACUUGAUGAAUGCAGCAAUAGUCAUGCACUCUUUUCGUUACUUGGUCGACCACCGCCAAAUCUGCGCAUUCUGAUAACAAGUCGUAGGAUCCCCGAAAUAGAGCAUGCUUUUGGGACUAUGAAGGGAUCGGUGGUACAGCGUCAAAUAUCGGCAGCUGAUACGGCAAGAGACGUCAAGAUAUACCUUGACUCAAUGAUGGAUCAACUGCCAGUGGGGUAUGGUGAUACCAGGGCAUGGCUUGAGGAGCAACUUCUCACUAAGGCCAAUGGCUCUUUCUUGUGGGUACGGCUCAUUGUACGGGAACUCAAAACUACGUAUAGUGAAGAAGCCAUCGAAAGUGUCCUAAAUGAAGUACCUCCGGACAUGAAUGAUGUCUACGCCAGGAUGCUUCGCAAUAUUCUCAAGUCAAAUCGAAACACGAAGUUAGCUCGAGCGAUUUUGACCUGGUGCGUCUGUGCCAUCCGCCCCUUGACGGUCCAAGAGCUGCAGUAUGCGCUCAAGCUAGACAUAAAGGAGACUGUGCAUGGACUGGAACAGUCUAUUGCUUCCAUUUGUGGCCAUCUAGUCUUUAUCGAUCACGCCUCGCGUGUGCAAAUGGUUCAUCAAACUGCCAAGGAGUUCAUGAUCGCGCAGAAUUGCAUCCCUGAGCUGCAAAUCGACAGGAAAGUGAGCCACGCCUAUCUAGCAAGCAUUUGCGCUCGAUUCUUGUCCAGUGACUGGUUCAGAGAACAGAAGAUCCUGAAUGGCCGUCCUCCUUUCGUUGCACGACGGUCGUUUAGCAAUACGAAGCCCUUCAAACCAGACAACCCUGCUUCGAAGAGUGCCUUUGAAGGAUAUGUUUGUUCGUUUUUCUCGGACCACAUAUAUAGAUCCACAUCGGUACAUCCUGGUCCACUUGAAGAACUGUGUUUGUUCUUCAAAGGAAAUGUAUUUUCCUGGAUCGAAUACGCGGCCCGAUCAAAGGACCUUGGAAUAUUGAUACGAGCCGCUAAGAACCUGGGAGCUUUCUUAGAGCGACGAGCAAAACAUUAUCCUCCAGUAUCUCGAGAAGUCGAAACAGUACAGCUAUGGGCCACAGACCUGAUUCGCGUUAGUGCCAAAUUUCGUUCUCAGCUGCUUGCCUCACCGUCCUCGAUCCAUUCGUUGAUACCUCCAAUAUGUCCUUCUGACUCUAUCAUCGCCCGGAUGUACUCGGCUAGACAGCGUGGUCUCCUUGUGAAGGGGCUGUAUCAAAAGUCUUGGGACGAUUGUCUAGCGCGAAUUGACUUUCAAGGUGCUCAGACGACUGCCGUCACUUAUGGCGAGAGACUAUUCGCGAUUGGUUUAUCUAAAGGCGCAGUCAAACUUUACGACGGCGGUUCUUUCCAACUGACAAAGACCUUAUGCCAUGCUGAGCGGGUAAAGCUCGUGCAAUUCGCCAACGAUGAGCGCUGGCUUCUUACAAUCGGAUUGCGGCAUGCCUGUCUUUGGGACACAGAUACCGGAGAAAAUUUAUGGAAGCAUGGUGUGACGCAUCCAAUAAUGUCAGCAAUGUUUACCAUUGAUGACGAACUCUUACUGGUGGCCUGUCGAGAUAAUACCUUGCGAACUCUACGGGUAGGCGAUGGUAUUGAGAUAAACGUGAUAAAUCUUGUCGGAAGCAUAGACAGUUCCGAUCUAGAGCAGUUUCCUAGUCAGUCACCUAGUCUGGCAGUUUUUUCUGAUGACUAUACUUCCCUGGCUGUGAGCUAUCGAGGCAAGACAGUUCUACUAUUAGACGUGGACAAUGAGCGACUACCUCUGAGUUUCAUUCGCGCGGGAAGCUUAGGAGACUACACACGAUCGACGAGUCAGUACGGCGUCGAUGCCAUUGCGUUCAACCCAAGCCCUGAAAUCAACGUUCUCAUAGUAUCCUACGGCGACGGAGAGCUCGUUGUUUAUGACCUCUGGACGGCUGAGCCGAGGGAUCAGAUCCCCAGUGUAGCUCACAAGGCACGUUGCAAGUGUUUAAUUUUGGGGGUUUCUGCUGGCGACAGGCUAAGCAUGAUAUAUCGAAUUGAUGCGUACGAACACGGUAUUCGUGCCCUCGCAUUCAGUCAGGAUAGUUUGCGAUUCAUGGACAUCCGGUCCACGCAAUGUCGACUUUGGGAACCUGCUAUACUAGUACGCAAGGACGUAGACGGUGGAAGUUCCAGCGAAUUUAGUCUCCCUGUACCCUCAACAGCGCGAAGAGGUAGUAUUCUAGAGGGGCUAAACGCUCCGGAGAUAACGGCCAUGAAGAUGACGGCUGACGGCCUGGUUGCAUUUCUUGGAAAAGAGGACGGAACAGUCUCAUGGCUCUCAACUAAUGAUGCGAGCACCGGUGGAGUCCUCUAUUCGCAUGCUGUAAAUGUUGCCGUCACAGCCUUGGCCAUAACCGAGACUGAUGGUCUUCAUAUAAGCAGCGCUGAUGAGUCAGGGCGACUACUUGUUGCGCAGGUGUCCAAGAAAGAAACCAGCUGGGCUCUACAAGAGAUGCUUGGAGAUAUCAAAACGAACGAAUCGACCACUGGAAUUCAAUUUGAACCAUCCACGAAGAAUAUCCUAGCUGUAGGUCAGUCAGUAUACCGGGCUUGGAGCCCUGAUGGUACAAAACUGUACGAAAUGUCAGCAAUACCUGGGUCUGCUAUUGCCCAACUACCCACAGACCCUCGAACUAUUUUGGUCAUGAAUAGCCAGGAAGCAAGCCUCAAUCCCUGGGACAAUUCCACUCCAACGACAAUCAAGCUCGAUCGCGUGCUCGUCACCGCAGACUCAGUCCCAAUAUCGCUCGUUAUUUCACCCUAUAUCGCCGCAGACCUACGUCUGUCAAAGAACGAUACCAGAACCCUCACGUGCUGGCCUACCCCUAGCUUCACCAACACUGCGUCUCUCCUGACUGCCUCGCCCGGGUUCGAGCAUAUUGGUGCCAAAAUAGACCAUCUGAUAGCAGCGGUAGAUCACAUCCUCUACUUCCUCGACACCGACCUGUGGGUGUGCAGUCUUGACACGCGGAGCUUCGGUGCGACACAGCAGUACAAGCGGCACUUUUUCGUGUUGUCUGAAUGGCGGAAUAUGGCAGGGAAGCUCCUCAUCCUCCUAUGCAAGCGAGACUUUGCCAUUGCCAGAAAGGGUGACUUGGUUGUCAUCAGAAGGGGGCUGGACUUUGCAGAAGUCAAGAGCGUAGGUGCCGGGAGGGAUCCUGUAGUACCAUUGGCAGAUAAGAUGACACCAUUGGGACUGGAGUCGAAGUAG